AUGAUACCCAGCAAUAUCAAAAUUAUUCUGCUGACCUGUUUGCACAUAUCAAUGACAGAGAGUAUCAGACCGGACGGCUACCAGCGAUCAUUACAAACUGACGAAAAUAUCUUAUUACAAAUAUGCAAAAUGCGCUUUUGUUUCGAUCGAGGGCAGGACUGCAGUUUUCAAAAAUGUAUGGAAUGGUUGAUGCCAAUCAACAAAUAUGGUGAUUGUCCCAACGUUAAUCGCUCGGCGAUCGAUAGAAUUGGAUGUGUAGAUUCGUGUCAUGGUCACGACCACCGCUGCGUAGGAAUACAAAAGUGUUGUGCGUUUAAUUGUGGAACCAAAUGUAUGAAUCCGGUGAAAUUAGAAAGAAUUUCGGACCGAACUCUACCACCAAUUCCAGAGAAUAUUACACUAGUCAAUUUGGAGCGGCAUCGAAAUAUUGCUGAAAUUACAUGGCGAAUGUUCUAUUCUGAACCUCCAGCUUAUAAUUUGGUUUUUGUACUCGAAACUCGGUCGCACAUUGGCUAUUAUUACGAUGAACAAAAACUUAGUAAUUGGUUCAGCAUGCCGUUUGAAGUUACGUCUUCAGCUAUGAAAUACGAGAAGGACAAAGGCGGACUGAUGACAAACGAAUUUGGAGCAAAUGUUAGACUACGCCCUGGUCGAUGGUACCAAUUUCGGUUGAGUGCAGUCAAUGGUAACGGCACGAGGGGAUAUUCGACACCGUCGUUAAAUUUUCAACUGAAGGAACGUCCGAAAAACCCACUUCCACCAAGAAACUUUUCAAUCGAGGUCCGACCAAAACUACUGAGAAAUAACACAAUAUACACGAAAGCGGUGUGGAAACCGCCUCGGACAAAUUAUCCUGUCGAUAAAUACCGCAUUGCGUGGUCGCUCUAUUUGGACUCGAAUAACGGUUCGUUAUGGCAAAACGAGGCAUUCGUUCAAGAGCCGACUCGCCACUUUGAGUUUUGGAAUCUCAAGCCUAAUUCCAUGUAUUACCUGCAGAUUCAAGCACUUUCUUCAUUCGGAAAGAAGAGAAGCUUAAAAUCUGCCAAGGAGUCGUUGCUACUAAACACUUCAAUAUCGUCUAAUGCUACUGUCGGCAAUUUUAGAAACAAUACCACGAAUGCGACUUUGAAUCAAGACACAAAGACUGAUGUUACUGUAAGAUUCCUUGGUAGUAAGAAAUUUGGUUUGUUGGUACGAAUUAGUUGGCCAGUUCAGUUGAUUGGAAGCUUCAUCGAAUUAUGUGCCGGUGAGUCUGACUGCCUGACGAAACAGACAACAAACCCCUUCAAAAUGAUUCGUACGAAAAAGGGUCAUUUCGAUUUCAUUGAAUUGAAAUUUUCAACGAAAUAUUCAUUUCGUCUGCGAAAAGGUGACCGCAUCUUUUUUAGUAAAACAUUUGUAACGCCAAGCUGUUCCAGAUUUGUGAAGAAACAUCCACAAUGUUUCCUGAAAUGCACUUAGAACUGUCGAUCGAAUAGAAAUUUCACUUGACUU